AUGUUGUCUAGAAAUUGGGAAUCUGCUUCGAUUUUGACCAUAUUACAUCACCCGCUGCAGUUUGUUCUUAUUUGCACUUUGCUAAUGUCGAGCAUCGCAGAAAGUAGCGGCGUGGACACAAAAGAGGAUCGUCCCAUCAUCAGGGAAAAAAGGAAUGCACGCAGCAGACAGGCCUCCCACAGCAAUGACCAGUUGAUGGACAUCCUCAACGAGUACGACACUAACAACGUUGAUGUCAACCUGCUGAGAUACACGCCAACUACGCCAAGUCCCGAGGACGUCAACUGCUAUGUGGAAGUCCCUGUGACCAGGCGUGUGGGUGGCCGGUGUGUCCUGCUGGGCAGCAGCACAUGGGGUUGCCAAGCCGGCAUCUUCCUGGCCUUCAACUCAGACUGUCAAAGCGAAGCCACUCAACAAACGCCCACCCAGACACCAGCCGCGAGUGACGACGCCGCCUCGGUUACUGGUCAAGCAAGUACUCGCACACGAAACCCCUUCAGGCGGAGGCGAAGACCCAGUCGACGAUAA